AUGAUCACCCAAUUCAAACCAACCCUGAUCAAGAGCCUCCCCUCGCUGGCCAUGCCAACCUUGCACACGGCACUCGCCCCUAUUCUCCCUUUGAAACAGAACUCUUUUCUUUCAGUUCGGGUGGAUGCUGUGUUCAAUCAGGUGGCUUUCCGACUUAUGCCCGCGCCGCCCAGAGAAAGGUCCCCGCUAUCCGACUUGUCGAAACGCCCGCAACUGCAAUCCGUCCACAAUGUGCGGGGCCUUCUCUUUGGGUUCUGGUCACCUGGCUGUAGCAAUGGCUUCAAUGGCGCAGGAUUUCACUUGCAUUUCAUCUCUGACGAUCGUACCGCCGGAGGACACGUCACAGGGUUCGACGCCUGGGAUGUGAAGCUCUCCGCCGGGGUGCUUAAGGAGUACGGGGCUAAGUUACCCCAGGAUGAGGACUUUCUUGAAGUCCCAAUUCGGCAUUACGAGGAAGAUCAAAACCUUCACUGA